GGUUUCUAAAUUAGAAAUUGUAUUUUGGUUUUAACACUUUAAUUUGAUUUGUAUUUUGUACAUAUGCUAAGUUAUAACUUUGUGAAUUCAAUUUCCUAUUCUCUAAUAAUUUUCUCCUAACCAGUUUGAGUUGAGCAUUGUAUUUUGUACUUAUUCGUACUUAUAACUUUUAUGCAAAAUGUGAAUUCAGUUUUGUGUUUUCUAAUAAUUUUCUCCAAAACAGUUUGGAGUUGAGCAAUCUUUAAGAUUAGCAAAUUUUAGAUUGUCUAUCAUGUCAGAAAGUAUAGAAAGGAUCGAAGCUAGUUCAGAUGCUAGACGUCGAUUUCUUAACAUCGCAGUGUCCACUGUACUACUAGAAACUGGCUUUGAGGCUGCUGACAAGAUGAGCAUGGAAACUCUUACUGAAAUUAUGCAGUGCUUCAUUGCAGAAGUAGGAAAUUCUGCUAAAGGGUAUUCUGAGCUUUCUGGACGAGUGGAACCAGUUCUAGGAGAUGUUAUGAUGGCAUUUAUGAACAUGGGUAUAAACCUUCAAGGAUUGGAACAGUAUGCUGCAAGACCCAAUAGACAUGUGAUACAGCCACCUCAACAAGCACCCGUUCCCAGGCAGCCAGCUAUGUUAUCAGCUGGUUCCAAAGCAAAACCAUCCCCACAUAUUCCAUUUCACUUGCCUCCCUUGCCUGAUCCUCAUGCAUACAUAAGGACCCCUACCCAUAAGCAACCAGUGACAGAAUAUGAGGCAAUUAGAGAAAAGGCUGCUAAUCAAAAGAGAGAUAUUGAAAAGGCUCUAACAAAGUUUCUUGCGAAAACAAGUGAAACUCACAAUUUAUUUAACACUGAUGACAAUCAAGUUUUUCCGUUGAUAGCAUGCAAACCAUCAUUUCCGCCGUAUUUGCCAUGUCUGUUGCCAACUGAUCAAGUUUUUGACUUCGAUGAACUAGAGUAUCAUUUCCAAGUGGCUAACAGAACUGAAGAUAUGCCACCUGAUAAAAAAGAUCAAUCUGACAAUGAAGGCGAAAUAGGUGGGGACAAUGAAAAUGCGAAUAACUCUCAGUCAGAAAACCAAGACAAUAUAGGUGCUUCAAGUCCGGACAGAAAUAAAUCAGGGGGAUGAUUAAGUGACCACAUACCUAUCAUUUAAAUAAUAAAGAGUACUUACCACUUAUUGA